AUGGAGAUUAUCAGCGAGCUUGGCAGGAUGAACAAGCGGCAACUGCUGCUGCAGGGGUUGAAUCUAGGCAUGAUUAUCACCUCUGCCCUCAUGAUUUGGAAAAGCAUGAUACUGGGCACGGGCAGCGAGUCGCCGGUGGUGGUGGUGCUAAGCGGCAGCAUGGAGCCCGGGUUCUACCGCGGCGACAUCCUCUUCCUCUACCAGCCCAAGCGGCCGGUGCAGACGGGAGACAUCAUUGUGUUCAACACGGAUGGGCGCGAGAUCCCAAUCGUGCACCGCAUCAUCAAGGUGCACCAGCGGGCCCACAACAGCAGCAGCCUGGACAUCCUCACAAAGGGUGACAACAACUGGGGCGACGAUCGCAGCCUGUACCCCAAGGGCCAGCUGUGGCUCAAUCCUGGCCACAUCAUGGGAGUAGUGGUGGGGUACCUGCCGCACAUUGGCAGGGUCACCAUCAUCAUGAAUGACUACCCGAUGUUCAAGUAUGCGCUGAUAGCCAUACUGGGGGUGUUUGUGCUGACGAGCAAGGAGUAG